UAUUAACUGUUCUUACCAUUAUCUAGGUCAACUUGAACGCACAAAUGAGUCACGAAGAGGGACGGGUCACUCAUCUUUUGUCCAAAUUCAACUUCACACCACUUGAGCUUGAAAUCAGAUGGCUCGAGGCGGUCAAAUUCCUCAUGUUUUACAGAGCCAUCCAGCUACAUAGAAAGGUCAAAGCUAAUGAAGAUGUGCCUAUCUUUGCGAUGAUUAUGUUUGCGAGAGAUACUUCUCAGGAUCCCUGGCAUUUUAUGGCCAAGCAUUUGAAUGCUGUCGGUGAUACUGGAGGCUUGGAACAGGUGAGGGAAUAGCUGGUUUUAAGGCCAAUUACCACGAAAGAAAAAUUUCCACGGACAGAAAGGUUUCCGAAAAUAUCAUUGUUAAAAAUUGAAAUUUUCAAUUUCAAAAUUAAAAAAAAAAAUUUUUAAUUUUUUUCUCGGAAAAUUUGUGUCGGCCAAUACAAAAUUUUGUUUCUGCGGAAAAUUUUCCUGAGUGGAAAUGCGCCUUUAUACUGCAUAUCUCCAUCAGUUCCACAUUGUCAUUGUGCGUUUUCACAAUUGGCCAUUAGGGAUGCACCGGAUAUGAUAUCCGACCGGAUGGUGAGAUUGAUCUCAUUAUCCGCUAUCCAAUAUCCGACCGGAUAUUCUUUGUUUAAUGUUCAGGCCUUUUCAGGUCAGAAAUGAUAUACUGAUAUGGUUGAAAAAGUAUUUAUCAGUUAAAGAUUUACUUCGAUGAGAAAGCUGGCAGUAGUUUCAAGAUUUUUCAUUCUCGCUUACAAAUGCCAAAAAGUGGGUUUGAAAUUGAAACUUUUUGAGCAAGUCUUUUCCAACCAUGCAUGUUUGUCGAUGUUAGACUGUGAAGUUCUUUUGUUUGUCGAUGUUAGACUGUGAAGUGAAUUUUCCUCUGAAUUUCUCCUUAUAUCUAAAUCAUUACAAUUUUUCUUUCUUGGGGAAAUAUUUUCUGGAAACUCAAAAAUUUUCUGGGACCAAUGGUCCCGUGGUCCGAUACUUUUUCCACCCCUGCCUAGUGGCCAAUCGGAUUUAUUUUUUUGCUCAUUAAGUGUCAACGUUGACGAUGCCCGUAACACGAACUAAACCACAAAUAACACUGCAUAUUUUAUUAUGAUUUUCCAGGUCGAAAUGCACCUGCUUGGCUACACACUCGGCGUCACGAUAAAAGUAGUACGACCAUCCCACUUCGGACAGUCCGACUUCAUAGCGUCAUAUCCCGAGGACAUGCCGGAUGGCACGCAAGUCGUUACCUUGGUAGCGGAAGACGACCGGCAUUAUAAUAUUUUAAGUUGAGAAUUGGACAGUCUUGUAUGUGAGAAAGAAUAUCUGCAUGUGUAACUUAUAUAUACUCUAGUUUGAAUCGGAAUGGUAAUGGGCUACUUGAAUUACAUAGAAUAUAUCUGAGCUUGUUCAUAUGAAACUCCUGUUACGGGGCAAGCCUCACCUCUAGAUCCGCCUUUCUCACGCCGCCAUUUUUGGGGUACUGAAAUUUUUCGUAAACGAUUAUAACAAUGUGAAAAGCAAUAUUUCAGAACAAACUAACUAUUUACAGAGUAAAUUUACCAUCAUACACCCACAAAAUUAUAAAAUGUCGCCGUUACGUGGUGUUACGCUCGCAGGAUUGGCAAAAAAGUACCCCAAAAAUGGCGGCGCGAGAAUGGCUAAUUCAAAUUUGAAAAACAUCACUCUUAAGCCCUGGGCAAACUAGGAAACAUGUUUCCCUGUUUGCCCACCCGUGGAAACAUUGUUGCGGAAACAAAAUUUGCUUCCCGAGAAGCAAAAAUGUUUCCUGGCGAAUUCAGAAACAUUUGAUGUUUCCCUAUGUUUCUUACUAAUGUUUCUUAGUGUUUGCCCACUCUGGGAAUCAUGGCGAAACAUUGGCAGGAAACAAUGUGCCCCCUUUAACAUUUCUCAUCAUUACCGUUUUGAUGAAAAUGAACAAUUUUUGGCGCAAUUCUAUAGCUUUAGGUAUGCACCUAUUAGCCAUUUUUUCAAUAUCCAAUAUAAUAAGCUUCGAGGUUUUGAUUUGACUUCCACUAUUGAACGAACCAUUUAGCCAAUCAGAUACGCUUAAUCUAUCCGAUUAACCAAUCACAUGCGUACUUAGUCAGUGAAACCACAGAAUAGGAAGGUAUACCAGAAGUCUCACUCAAGCAAGAUUUGUCCGCGUUUUUACAAGCGCUUCGUCAACAAUCACGCCAUCCUGGCUAGUACAACCGGCACUUUGUACCUACCAAAACCUUAUAAAAACUUCCGGCUGUACUAGCCAGGAUGGCGUGGAUUGGCGUGAACGAGUUAAAAUUUUCGUGGAGGUAAAACAACAAAGGCAUCGACUCAAGUUACACUUCUGCUAUACUUUCCGAUUUUGUGGUGAAACGUAGUGGUUGUCAAAUCUAAAUCUCUCUGCCCAAGCGAGCUCAUAAGACCCUGGGUUAUAGAUGUUUAAUGUUUUGUUUAAUGAGGAAUAGCAACUUGUAGUCUAAAACAACUUCAUGAAGUGUGGAUCUGGUGUAUGUCUUGGUAUGAACAAAUUAUACUGCUUAAUAUGCGAACUUGUUGUUACGAAUGAAAUAAUAUAUAUUACACCAUUUCAACUGAUGUGGUC